AUGGCGACGCCAACCAAACCUAGCCCUACCGAAUCCGUAGGCUGUGAGCCUCACGGGGAUCACUGGCACUGUGACGGACCUCGUGUCACCUCUGUGGCCCCCGAUUCUCCUAGUGACACUGCUACCAUGUCUCUCAAGCCAAGUCCAACCGAAUCAGUGGGCUGUGAGCCUCACGGAGAUCACUGGCAUUGCGACGGGCCUCGUAUCACUUCAACUGAGGCUCCCAGUCAAACCACCGGCACCACUACCAAGUCUCUCAAGCCAAGUCCAACAGAGUCUGUGGGCUGUGAGCCUCACGGUGACCACUGGCAUUGCGAUGGACCUCGCGUCACUUCAACCAACAUUGUCUAUCCUACCGGGACAGCCACCAAGUCUCUCAAACCGAGUCCAACUGAAUCCAUCGGAUGUGAGCCCCAUGGUGAUCACUGGCAUUGCGACGGACCACGGACAUCAGAGACUGCUCCUCCACAAUUCACGGGCGCGGCUGGGUAUGUUCGCGUGCCCUUGCCCCAGGUUGUGGGCGCUGCAGCUGCAAUGGUGGCUAUUGUAUUCUAUGCCUAA